GCAAUUACUGGGAUGGCUGAUUGUUUUUUUGAAAUAGGCCACAAAUGAUUUUAUUUCAGCAGCCAUUUUAUGUAGACCAUAUAUAUAAUAAGACAUAGUUGAUUUGACGUCAUAUAACUAGAAAGAAACUGUUUGGUGAGAUGUUUGAUCCUACAGUCGAGUCUUGUUUAGUGUAGUGUUAGAAAAAGGGAUAAACUGUACUUAAACGUUCAUAAUAUUGAACUCACAUCGUUUCUAGAUCACGUUUGUGUAUAGAAGAUGGAGUAUCAAACUAUUUCUGGGACACAAGCAUAACCGAACAUAACGAGGGAAGGAUAUUGGAAAACCUCGCAGUUGGAGUAUAUUACAUGUCUAACAGUGCGUGACUUACCCAAGAAAUAUUGCGAUAUAAUACAUUUAUUCAUACCACUAUUUAAUAGGUGUGCUUAAAUCGGGGGCAUAAACGAUUUAACAGCGAGGCAUACAGACUACAUAUAUAUAUUCCGCCUUCAUUAGCGUAGAAAAAUAGGACGUUAAAACUUUCCUGGAUACUAUGUAUUAGGUCUAAAUGUGUCAGAAGUCUUCGUCGCGUUUAACGUGGGACUUGAAUAUCUAUGUUUGCCCUGAGUUAACCCAUAUGCUAUAGCAUAAACAAACUGAUAUGACUAAAUCUAAUUACUUAUCAAAAUAAAUCUAUUACCUAAGUAUGUAUGUAAGUCUUCGAAUAUUGUUAUGGAUUUCAAUUUUAUCAAGUGGAUACGUUUCAGAGGAUCUUCAGCCGGAAGAUCCAAUUUUAUUUGCAUGUCGUUUUUUCGAAGACAUGUUUGAUGAGAAGUGUCAAAUCGCACAGGAAAGCAGAAACAUGCGUUUGGCUAAUCAAGCAAAGGAUAUAACGACAGAUACAACUUUGCUGCCAAAACUAACAACCUCCGAAACCACGACUCCAGAUAGAACUAUACUGACAAUGAGAGAAGAUACAAAAGAAACAAUUACGGCGAUAGUAACUACAACUCCUGAUAUAACAACUUCAGACGCCACAAGUCCAGAUACAGUGACAGAAGCCACAACCCAAAGGAGAACUACAAAGCCGGAGGAUACAACGGAAACAAUUACAACAACAGAAAAUCCAGAAGCUACGACUCAAGAGAUAGAGACAAUAACAGAUGAAACAACAGAAAUAAUUACAACUACAGAAACUACAACUCCAGAAACAGAGACAAUUACAACCCCAGAAACUACAACUCCAGAAGCUACGACUCCGGAAACAACUACACUGACAUACGCUACAACCCAAGAAACAACUGCAGUGUCCGAAGAUACGACAGAAACAAUUACAACGGCAGACUCGACAACCCAGGAAAUAACUACUUUGGCGGAAACUACAACUCAAGAAAUAACUUCAGAUGCUACGACUGAAGAAACUACUUUGGUGGAAACUACAACCCAAGAAAUAACUUCAGAUGCUACGACUGAAGAAACUACUUUGGCGGAAACUACAACUCAAGAAAUAACUUCAGAUGCUACAACUACAGAAACGGCAUCCCAAGAAGCCACAACAGUGGUGGAAGUUCAGUGUUUACUUUUAGAUGCUAACUGUUUAAGUGGACCCUUUGACUGUACCUCACCCAUCCCGAACGGUAUAUGUCCACAAGGUAAAUGUUGUCCAUUAAAACCAUAAGAUAUUUCGCAUACAUGGUGAGG